AUGAGUCGAGUCUGUAUUGUUGUUUUGGAGGAGGUGGAAGAUGAUUCUCCCACAUUUAUUUCCAAAUUACCUCAGGAAAAUGUAUCUUUACGUCCAUCGCCCUCUGGAAACGUGCUGGUAAGGCAUCCACCAUUGGUUCAAGCUAUAUUUAAUGGAGAUCCUGAUGAAGUUCGAGCACUGAUAUUUAAGAAAGAAGAUGUUAAUUUUCAGGAUAAUGAGAAAAGGACCCCUUUACAUGCUGCUGCCUAUCUGGGAGAUGCAGAAAUUAUUGAACUACUUAUUUUAUCUGGAGCUAGAGUUAAUGCCAAAGACAGCAAAUGGUUGACUCCUUUACACAGAGCUGUGGCAUCUUGUAGUGAGGAUGCUGUUCAGGUGUUGUUAAAGCAUUCAGCGGAUGUCAAUGCUCGUGAUAAAAACUGGCAGACACCCCUACAUAUAGCAGCUGCAAACAAAGCUGUGAAAUGUGCUGAAGCUUUGGUGCCUCUCCUAAGCAACGUAAACGUGUCUGAUCGAGCAGGCAGAACUGCACUGCAUCAUGCAGCCUUCAGUGGACACGUUGAGAUGGUCAGCUUACUGUUGUCUAGAGGGGCCAAUAUUAAUGCAUUUGACAAGAAAGACAGGCGAGCUAUACAUUGGGCAGCAUAUAUGGGUCAUAUUGAAGUUGUGAAAUUACUCGUGGCCCAUGGAGCUGAAGUGACAUGCAAAGACAAGAAAUCAUAUACACCCUUACAUGCUGCAGCAUCUAGUGGGAUGAUCAGUGUAGUCAAAUAUCUUUUAGAUCUUGGAGUUGAUAUGAACGAACCAAAUGCCUAUGGAAAUACUCCUCUCCAUGUAGCUUGCUACAACGGGCAAGAUGUUGUAGUGAAUGAACUCAUAGACUGCGGUGCUAAUGUAAAUCAAAUGAAUGAGAAGGGUUUUACACCUUUGCACUUUGCUGCUGCGUCAACACAUGGAGCGUUGUGCUUAGAACUUUUGGUCUGUAACGGAGCAGAUGUAAAUAUGAAGAGUAAAGAUGGGAAAACACCUUUGCACAUGACAGCGAUCCAUGGUAGAUUUUCAAGAUCUCAAACCAUCAUUCAAAAUGGAGCUGAAAUAGACUGUGAAGAUAAGAAUGGAAAUACUCCUUUGCACAUAGCAGCUAGAUAUGGCCAUGAGCUAUUAAUCAACACUCUGAUUACGAGUGGUGCUGACACUGCAAAGCGGGGUAUACAUGGGAUGUUUCCUCUCCAUUUGGCAGCAUUAAGUGGAUUUUCAGACUGCUGCAGAAAGCUCCUCUCAUCAGGUUUUGACAUCGACACACCAGAUGACUUUGGCAGGACUUGUCUUCACGCAGCUGCAGCUGGAGGGAAUUUGGAGUGCCUAAAUCUUCUGCUAAAUACUGGUGCAGACUUCAACAAAAAGGACAGAUUUGGGAGAACUCCACUCCAUUAUGCUGCUGCCAAUUGUAAUUAUCAGUGCCUGUUUGCCCUUGUGGGAUCUGGAGCUAGUGUGAAUGACCUUGAUGAGAGGGGUUGUACACCUCUGCACUAUGCAGCUGCAUCAGACACAGAUGGAAAGUGCCUGGAAUACUUGCUAAGAAAUGAUGCCAAUCCGGGGAUCCGAGACAAACAAGGAUACAAUGCAGUUCAUUAUUCAGCUGCUUAUGGUCAUCGCUUAUGUCUUGAAUUGAUUGCAAGCGAAACACCUCUAGAUGUUCUAAUGGAAACAUCAGGUACUGACAUGCUGAAUGAUUCAGACAACAGAGCACCUAUAAGUCCACUGCAUCUAGCUGCCUAUCAUGGCCACCAUCAAGCUCUGGAAGUGCUGGUACAGUCGCUGCUGGACCUUGAUGUGAGGAAUAAUAAUGGAAGGACACCAUUGGAUCUUGCUGCCUUUAAGGGACACGUGGAAUGUGUAGAUGUGCUCAUUAAUCAGGGAGCAUCAAUCUUGGUGAAAGAUUAUGUUGUAAAGAGGACCCCAAUACAUGCUGCAGCUACAAAUGGUCACUCAGAAUGUUUGCGGCUAUUGAUAGGAAAUGCAGAACCACAGAAUGCAGUGGACAUUCAAGAUGGAAAUGGACAGACUCCUCUGAUGUUGUCAGUUCUCAAUGGGCACACCGACUGCGUUUAUUCACUCCUUAACAAAGGAGCAAAUGUAGAUGCCAAAGAUAAGUGGGGAAGGACAGCAUUACAUAGAGGGGCAGUUACUGGGCAUGAGGAAUGUGUGGAAGCAUUGCUUCAACAUGGUGCAAAGUCCUUAUUACGAGACUGUAGGGGGCGAACCCCUAUACACUUGUCAGCUGCUUGUGGACAUAUAGGUGUUCUAGGAGCUCUCCUGCAGUCAGCUACAUCUGUGGAUGCAGUACCUGCAAUAGCAGACAAUCAUGGCUAUACAUCACUGCAUUGGGCCUGCUAUAACGGUCAUGACAGUUGUGUAGAGCUCCUCCUGGAACAGGAAGUUUUCCAGAAAAUGGAAGGAAAUUCUUUCAGUCCGUUGCAUUGUGCUGUGAUAAAUGACAAUGAAGGUGCUGCAGAAAUGUUAAUUGAUACACUAGGUGCUGGUAUUGUAAAUUCAACAGAUUCAAAAGGAAGAACUCCUCUUCAUGCAGCAGCUUUUACAGAUCACGUUGAGUGUCUACAGCUUCUGCUCAGUCACAAUGCUCAAGUAAAUGCUGUAGAUUCUUCUGGGAAAACACCUUUAAUGAUGGCUGCAGAAAAUGGACAGACAAAUACAGUUGAGGUGCUGGUUAGCAGUGCUAAGGCUGAUCUGACUUUGCAAGACAGUUCUAAGAACACAGCACUCCAUUUGGCUUGCAGCAAGGGUCAUGAAACUAGUGCCUUGUUAAUACUGGAGAAGAUUACGGAUAGAAACCUCAUCAAUGCCACGAAUGCAGCCUUGCAAACACCUCUGCAUGUUGCUGCUCGGAACGGACUAACGGUUGUAGUUCAAGAGCUUUUAGGGAAGGGAGCAAGUGUACUUGCUGUAGAUGAAAAUGGUUACACACCAGCUUUGGCCUGUGCACCCAAUAAGGAUGUGGCUGAUUGCCUAGCUCUCAUUCUGGCCACAAUGAUGCCUGUUUCAUCGAGCAGCACAUUACCUUCCCUUACAUUCAAUGCCAUUAAUCAUUACACCAACACCUCAAAAACUGUCACCUUCGAUUCCUUGCCAAUCGUGAGGAGUGACCAUAGCUCAUACUGUACUUUCAACAACAUUGGCCGGGAAGAUGGCUACCCAUAUACAGAAGAAGAUGAACUCAAUGACUCAGAUUCUGAGACCUAUUAGCAGCUACAUUUUGUAGGUCUGAAGAGUGAACCCUCACGCUGGAAGGUCAGACAUGUGCUUUUGAAAAAAAGCUGUCAGUGUUUGAAUACAAAAAGAGGACAGACAUUUGAGAAGAUGUUUUUUAUUGUGGUUGCAUAUAAAAAAAUCUGAGACUCUAGGAGGAUUUUUAAGAGCAUAUUUUGCAGAAGAAGCAUAAAUUCUUGAAUAAGUACUUGGAAUCCAUGGCAAAAAAAA